AUGGCGGUGGUGGUUUACCUGCUGGUCCUGAGAGGGAUCGUUUCUGUUGUUGGAUUCGUAGGCAACGUGAUGCUGAUCCACACCCUGCUGAAGCUGCCUCGGCUGAAGACGUACGAGCUCUUCUUGCUGGGGCUGGCCUUCUCCAACGUGGAGGAGCUCCUGAUCGUGGAGAUCUACGACAUCGUGGUGUUCGUGCUGCCGCGCUCGCAGAUCAGCCGCUGGGUGUGCCGCACGCUCAAGUUCCUGACCAUCCUGGGCGAGAUCGGCAGCAUCGCCUUCACCGUGCUCAUCAGCGUCUACCGCUACCAGAAGCUGCGGGAUGCCCAGCGGCGUGCCAACCGGCCCAUCCUCCUGGACAGCGCCCGCGCCGCCUACGCCCUCUUCUGGGCCAGCGCGCUCUUCGCCUUUCUGCUCGCCGUGCCCACCUACGUCACCAACCUCGACGGGCAUCUCAACAACCUCACCUACAACAGCACCAGCUGCCCGCCCGACUUCUUCCAGUGCCCGCCGGACAACUGCCCUCUGCUCAACGCCCUGUACAAGUACCUGUUCGUGCUGCUGUGCAACCUGCUGCCCCUGCUCAUCGUCACCUGGACCAGCUGCCUCAUCGUCAGGGUGCUGAUAGGCCAGCAGAGGGCGGUGCACUCUCGCCUCGCCGCACAGGCGCAGUCACACACGCAGUCACAACAGCAGCAGCAGCCCACGUUCCGACUCAGAACCUCCAAGAUCCAGCAGAGCACCGUGACCGUCCUGGUUGCCAUGGCGGUGUUCCAGGUGGACUGGACCCUGUACCUGAUGCUUCACCUGGCGUUCGACCCCUACACGUUUAGCGGCUUCAACGAGGUGGAGUUCUUCAUCACUACCUCCUACACCACCAUCAGCCCGUAUGUGUAUGGGCUUGGCAAUAACAUCUUGUCCUGUAAGACUUUAAGGUGUGGCGGCUGA